AUGCAAACUCCCCAAACUGUAAUUUUACUUCACCGGCUCACUCUGGAGCAAGCAAAAGGAUAUUCAUUGCCACUACCGUGUUUCCUUACUCUCAGGCAUAAUCUUCUACUAGAUGUUCCUGACUGCAUACUACUAGACCAAAACAUUCUGCCCCGCUUUGACAGUCUCGGAAGCAUCAAAUAUGCCAGGUUCCUGGUUGUUGAUCAAGAGGCACCUGGGAAGUAUAUCAGUAUAUAUGUACUUUGGACGAGACGAUUAAUUAGCUCCCGGCAGGGGCAAGGGCAAGAGAACAAGAACCUGCAAGCCUUGACGUCGACGUUUUCAAGAUGGUACCUCAGCUCGAGCAAACUGUCAUUAUAA